AUGGACGAUAAAAACUCUACCGGAAGUGGCGGUGGAGGUGGUGGUAGCAGCACAGGUGGAGGUAGUGGUGGUGGUGGUGGCGGUGAAACGAAAGUGAUCUAUCACAUCGACGACGAAACGACACCGUACCUGGUGAAGAUACCGUUGCCGGCACCCCAGGUGACACUGAAGGACUUUAAGCUAGUACUGAACAAGCAGAACAUCAACUACAAAUACUUUUUCAAAUCGAUGGAUGCGGACUUCGGUGUGGUAAAGGAGGAGAUCGCGGACGACUCAACGAUACUGCCAUGCUUUAACGGGAAGGUCGUGUCGUGGCUGGUUACGGCAGAUGGUUCCAAUCAGUCCGACUGUUCGGAGCUCCAGCCGACGGAGAUGAUCGAUGGACGGCCAACGCUGGCCCAGCUACGCAGCAUGAACAAACCGACGAUGAACAACAUGAUGAAUAUGCCAAUGAAUCCGCUCACCUACCAAUCGGCAUCGGUCGUAUCGAGCGAUCUCGAUUCGACUAGUCUGUUCGAAACGGAGAGCGAAAUCACGCUCGAUCGCGAUAUGACGGAAUGUAGCAGCGUGCAGCGGUUGCAGGUACGCAAGAAGCCGCAGCGACGCAAAAAGCGAGCCCCCUCGAUGUCCCGCACGUCCUCUUACAGCUCAAUCACCGAUUCGACGAUGUCACUGAACAUAAUCACGGUCCAGAUCAACAUGGACACGGUGAACUUCCUAGGUAUUUCGAUCGUGGGCCAAUCGAACCGGGGCGGAGAUGGUGGCAUAUACGUCGGCAGUAUAAUGAAAGGUGGUGCGGUGGCGCUGGACGGACGGAUUGAACCGGGCGACAUGAUUCUGCAGGUGAACGAUGUGAACUUUGAAAACAUGACCAACGACGAAGCGGUCCGAGUUUUGCGCGAGGUGGUACAAAAACCAGGCCCCAUCAAACUAGUAGUGGCCAAAUGCUGGGACCCAAACCCGAAGGGAUACUUUACAAUACCACGCACCGAACCGGUCCGACCGAUCGAUCCGGGGGCGUGGGUUGCGCACACGGCGGCGCUACGCUCGCAGGACACGAUCAACACCGAUCUGCCGGAAUCGGUGCUCGAGCGUCUGCAUGCCGAUAUGGACAUGAAGGAUAUUGUACGUGCAAUGACAAAGCCCGACAGUGGGCUAGAGAUACGCGAUCGCAUGUGGCUGAAGAUCACCAUCCCCAAUGCAUUUAUCGGCGCGGACGUGGUUAACUGGAUAUUGGAGCACGUGGAUGGUAUCGGCGAUCGGCGGGAAGCGCGCAAAUAUGUCUCGGUGAUGCUGAGGCGUGGCUACAUCAAGCACACGGUCAAUAAGCUAACAUUUUCCGAACAAUGCUACUAUGUGGUCGGUAACGGUAUUCGGCAGGACAUUUCGAACAUGUCGCUAGAGGACACGGAAAGCAUGCUGAGUGAUAUUGCACCACUGCCAAAUCCUCCAAUCUACAUGACGUACUCCGGUAAUUACAAUCCGUCGCACGGCUAUCAGCCGAUCCAGUACGGGUGCACCGGCGAACGACAUCCGUCGUCCGGAUCGAGCAGCUCGGACAUUCUCACGAGCAAGGAUACGUCGGCGUCGCAGAGUGAUCUUGCAGCCGUCAUACAGCAAACCAACCAGAUGACGAUCGCGAACGCGUCGAACAAAUCUUCCGGAUCCUCGAACCGCGGUAAUGAGCAAGACAUUUCAGACUUUAAGACAACGAGAGUUGGCAGUGGUGGCGGCGGCGUUGGUGGAAUCGGUGGCAAGCUGAUCAGCACGAACGACGACGAGGGAUACGAGGACAGCAUCUACUUCCAGCAUCAACCGAUGCAACCCACACUGCAGCAACAGCAACAUCAACUACAGCAUCAACAAUCGUUUGGUCGGAAUGGCAGCGGUCGUAAGGAUCCGGGACACAUCUACAACAAUCAGUAA